AUGCAUCGAGGAUUACUCUCCUUUCCCAACGCUUUCACGUAUCAGAACAAGUUGCUUUGCAGACUCUCGUUAGAAGAAGAGAUGCGGAGUCGGACCCCUGUGAGGUUUAGUCUACUUUGUGGUGACAAGAUGAACAUGCUGCGAGUAGUUUUCGUGAACCUGGAAGACGUUCCUUUAUUACGGCUCAACUUUUAGAUUGGAGUCACCAUUUAGAUUGGAGUCACUGACACCGAAGAGGAGACCCCUUCUUGAGAGAACCAACAGGGGAUAUAGACAAAGGCAAAACAAGGUGAGAGGUGGGGAGCCCUUCCUGUUCAGAGUCAGUGACCAAUGAAUGCUGACCUUUAACUUUAGCAGUAGAAACCACCACGGCAGGAGCCUCAAAACAAAACGUUGGAGAAGCAUACGCUGUUUUAGGGACCGUUUUUGCAGCGGUGUUGGCAGCGAGUAUGGACAGGAGUGGAGGUGGUGGGAGUGACGAGGCAGCAGAGGACCAAGGAGAAAAUGCUGGUACAAAAAUGCUAUCAGUUGCCAUUCUAGCAGCUUAUGCAGCACAACGAUCACUCCUGCAUCAAAUCAGAGACGAAUACGCAAAAGCUUUCUAUUAAGGGUUUCCAAAUUGCAUUCCUCACUACCGUCCGUGGGUCUUUUCCUAGUAGAAAAGAAGCCAGGGAUGUUCUGAGGAAUGUAAUUCCGUAACCUCUAAUUCUACCGAUAUUGCGUCAGCACCCAGCAGAUUGACAGAGGGACUACUACGGGUAGCGACGAGAGUUCUUUCCUACAGCGUGUAGCCAAGAUCCCUAUCGAGUGCGUGGACGGUUUUCAAGGUAGAGAGGCGGAUUUAGUUGUGGCUUCACUUGUACGAUCUAACGGAAGUUGUGGCACAAUACCAGGUGACACAACGACCGCUGGUGUCUCUUCUAGCACACCGUCAACAGGUGCCUCAAGUGCGUUGGGUUUCCUAGCAGAUCAGCGUCGCAUGAACGUUUUACUCACUCGUGGUAGGAGAGGCCUCGUCGUUUUUGGACACAAGCCCACGUUGGAGCAGGGAGAAGCUUGGUCAGCCUGGUUGAAGAGUUUGGAGGAUGCUAACCAGGGGAAAAAGGAACCAACCUCUGGCUCGACUGAUGGAAGAAGUUCGAACAGCACUGAAGGUAGAAACUCAAACUAUUCUUUUUCUCUUGUGGAUUGGGAGAAUUUGGUCGGCGUUCCUGCGGACCUACGUGCCGCUCGCUACGCUUCGUUUCCUGCACAGAGUCGACAACAAUAUAGAGGCACUGCGACGAAGAUUGCCAUGGGGGGCAAGGAUUCUGGGAAAGGAGUUAUGGUCCGAAGAGGUGUUGUCUAAGUGUUGAAGAAUUAGACAGUACAUCUAUACUUCCUUCACAUUUUGGAUAGAAGUACUCAAAUAGACCACAGCUAUUGAUUUUCCAAAAACUUCCCAUUACCACUCUAAAGCGAGCAAACCAAAAGCAGCAAAGGGCCAACCGGCAAAGCGCGGAUUUCAUAUGGUCACACCGGAGCUGCAACAGGCUAUGCUGGCUAACCGUGAAAAGCUUAAAGGACAUAGUGCAGGAGCUACGGAAGAGGACUUCGAUGGGUCGGUCACAGAGCCAAGCUCCGGUAUCUCCGGAGAUUGACAUCAAGUAUCUAACAUGGGCGAUUCGUCUAGUGCUAAAGCUAAGAUCAAGUGUGACAGUCGGUACAGUUUCCUACUUGCACUACGAUUUACUAUAAUGAUUUGCUAUCGAUGAAAAUCAAGAGCGUAUUUCUUUUUUCAGAUUUCCACAAUGUCUGAUGAGAACUAUACCGUGCCAAAAACGAAUGGCCAAGCUGGCUUCGAAGAAACCAUUUUAUUGGACAAGAUGAUAUAGGUACAAAAACAUCGGAUACGAUUUUUAAGUAAAAGUAACCAUUUUCAUUUCAUACCUGUCGUGAUUAUUGAUAACAAUACCGGCUGGACAAAAGUCAGGUCACCCUUUAGGCGACUGUUUGGACUUUAUUCUUUGUUAACCUGUUUUAUCGUUGCACUUCGUUACUUCUUUGCUGAGGUAGCAGGGUGUCAUCGUAUAGUCUUGGUGUUGGUAUGCUAGCCAAUGUUAGACCCAGUGGAAUUGAAUGGAAUUAGUCAUGUCGAAGAUUUAGUCAUGUCUGGAACCACCUUGAGUAAGAC